AACAUUGUCUUUGAAUACUCCGUUUUUAACUCUUUCCUACUCACUCCGCUAUGGGCUGCCGAUUAUUGAGCUGUCAAGACUGUUGAUAAAAAUGGCUGGAAGACUUUUCGCACGAUGUGUUUCCAGGACUUGGAUAUCAGUGCCCGGUCUCAAACCCGCAAGGAUAAGGAGGGCAAAUUGGCAGUGUUGGACAACAUCGAAGACUGCUGCUCUAAACGGUGGACGGGCUGCAUUGCUGUUGGGCCUGCCUACACUUUAUCUGGGAUUUGAAGCUUACCAAAGAGUUCAUAGUACAGCUGUUGUCCAUGCUUUAGAAAGAGAGGAGGUUUUGGAGCAGGCAGACUACCUGUACAGCGCUGCAGAGACUGAAAAACUCUAUCAGCUUCUACUGCAGUAUAAGGACAUCAAUGAUGCAGAGUUCUUGUGGAGGCUGGCACGGGCGUCACAUGACUUGUCUCUCAUGCCGAACAUCGCUGCUGAUCAGAAAAAGACGCUGACCUAUGAGGCCUUCGAAUACGCCAAGAAGGCCUUGGAGAGGGAUGAAGGCUGUUUUGCAGCACACAAGUGGUAUGCAGUGUGCCUUAGCGACGUUGGGGAUUAUGAAGGAGUCAAGGUGAAAAUUGGAAAUUCCUUCAUCAUCAGGGAUCAUCUAGAGAGGGCCAUUGAGCUAAAUCCCAAAGACGCCACCUCGAUAUACAUCCUGGGCUACUGGUGCUUUGCUUUUGCCGAGCUGCCUUGGUACCAGCGCAAAGUGGCAGCUGUAAUCUUUGCAUCGCCGCCUACAGCCACAUACGAGGAGGCUUUGGCAUUCUUCCUGAAAGCUGAAGAAGUUGAUCCCAAUUUCUACAGUAAAAACCUUCUUAUGCUGGGUAAGACCUACAUGGCCAUGAAAAACAAGGAGCAAGCUCUGCACUGGCUGACCAAAGCAAAAGACUACCCUCCGCACACACAGGAAGACAAAGAGGUCCACAAAGAAGCUGCUGAACUUCUAAAGAAGCUGGGAUGAAGACGGUCACAUCACUUUCAUUUUAUAGUCUGAUGGUCAUGUCAAAAUCGUUAUGGUGUUAAUAAGUAGUCCCAUUAUAAUGUCUCAUUUCUAAUUUAUUCUAAUUACAAGAGUGGAUGCAACUCUCAUGGCCUUACACUACUAACUCAUGCCUCUGAGCUACUGUGUAGCAACGUACAGAUGAAGCAUACAGCUUGCAACAUCCACUGACAGUGUUGUAUUAACACAGGCCUAUUUCUUCUGUUUUCUAUGCAAGAUUUCAAUCUGAUAUGUGAACAAGUACUUCCAAUUCAAACAUUUCAUGCUUGAAAUUUUAUGCUCAAGUCUUCAUUCCGAUGAAAACUAGACACGUUUCUUUCCAUUCCAACAUUUGCUUCCAACGUUAAUCUUGCUAGAGAUCAACACAUGGCACUUGAAAAGUCUGGCACGAAAUGCAUUUUUAGCAUUCUUUGGGGAAUUUGUCUUCUGUGGACAGAGAAGUCAGAGGGAAAAUUACGUGACUAACUGAUUUCCUCCGUAACAAAUUGCUAGUCAAAGCUUAGCCUCCACACUGAAUUACAUCAACGGUGUUGCGGCUAUCAUCACCUUAGUCAUUCGUGAACAUCAAGGAUUAAAAUAAAAAAUGAAUUCAAAGUAGUUGUAAAGAUGGUCAGAUACAUUUAUUAAAUAUGGUUCUUUCCACAGGCAAGAUCUUUAAAAAAAAAAAUGAACCAAGAGGAAAUAAAAUGUAUUUUUUCUAAAAGAACAGAAACAUGGCCAACAGUUAUUUUAUUUUGUGAUUCCUGAGCAGAAGGCCUUUCAAACCCCAUGAUACUCAAAACAGAAGAGCCGGUCAUGAGGAGGGAGCAGUGGGGGGUAUUUUCACGUAUUCAUUUAUUUUAUUUCUUUUAUCUCAUAAAUCCAUCUCUUCAUCAAGAUGGGUCAAAGAUUAAAAAUGAAUCUUCUAUACACAUCGUCUCCAGUAAAGGGGCAUUCUGUACAGUGUAGUUGGUGUUUACAGUGUGUAUCUACACGCGAUAUGUUAGUUUAGGUACAUUUCGGUUUGCCCAGAUCACAGUCAGCACAGGAGUCACUCAGCCAACAGGCUCAUGGUUUGUCAUUGGACAUCUCUCUGAUAUACGGUACUGAUACUGUAUAUAAUCAAUAUACAGUACCAUGAACGGGCUCGGGGUUUUGCGGUGUACACGUAUCCGGGUAUCGUUUGUAACCUGAAACGUACCCUCCAUUUCUGAUAAGAACAAAGGCAUCACAGAUUUCUAUCAAUGGAGCUGCAGCUCUGCGUAAUUAAUUAUAACUAAGUACUUUUAUUUACUUUUUUCUUUAUACAUGAAUAUGCACAUAGUUGAUUUUUCUUUGAUUACAAACUUUUUUUUUGUGGAAAGGAAGCACGGCAUAAUGUAAUUUUGAGUUGGCCUCUUCUGCCACAGUGAAUGUUCCUCAUCCCUCGUUUCUCUGCAGUCCCUCCAUUAUUCACCUCAUCCACAGGAACAGCUGAAUGGGUUUUAUAUACAUGACUGGUAGCCUUGACCGACUACCUGGACUCCUCUUUAUAAACUGUCGGACAGGACCUCAUUUGCAGUGGACUGCCAGAGGAAAACAAAGCGAGAGUCAUCUGCUGCAGCCAUGGCUCGUUUCUUUUUAUUCAUUUAUUUUUCCUCUUUACUUUUUUUCCCACCUUUUGACAAGUGGCUUAAAGAAUAAGCACCAGAGUGGUUGGCUGGAAAAUAAAAUGGCUGCUGAUUUCACAAUUUGAAAACAGGGAGUGUGACGCUUUACGCGUCAAUGAAAAAUAGGCGAAUAACGAGGGGAGAGAGGGUCGAGAAACGGCAAAAGCGAUGCACGGACAAAGUUCGCUGCUUUGUCAGCGCCUAAAGGCCGUGCGCUGAGUUUCCGUAGAUUAUUUCGUUUGGCCUGUCCCACACAACCCUCAACCCUUUGUGUUUGAUAAGAUUAUUUUUUUCAAUAGGCACCACUUCACUGACAAACGAGAUCUAAUGAAACUAAGGCUAUCAUCUCCCUCUUUCUUAAAAAAAAAGAAAAGAAAAAAAGACAAGAGCAUGGGCUCAAUAAAUUAAACAGGACAAGUAUCACUGGGGAGAUAGAGGAGCAAGGUGCGGCACUAUGGCUUGACGACAGGCAUGUUCCUGAGCAGCUAGGGCCGAGCAACCAGAUGCCAGAUAACUAGACAAAAAAUACACCAUCAUGUCUGGCUGACUACCUCCAGGCUCCAUACUGCAAAGUUUAAGGGUGAUUUCACACAUCAAGGGGACAAAGGUUCCUUCCCUGCUACCCCCCCCCCCAAAAAAAUCUACUUUACUAUGAAAACCCUGUCUUGACUUUGCUAAUAUGUCACUCAUGGCCAAAUUACAUUUUCUUUUUAAUGAAUAAUUUAGUGCCUCUGAUAUUGGUUCAUAACAGUGACCAAAUGACCACUGCACAUUAACGCUCUGCUUAGGUGGUAAUCAUAUUUUGCUGCAAGAUAUGCAUCAACAUACACGUCACAGUAACUGCUUCCUAAUUCAUAGUUAGCCUACCACCAUGACGGAUAAGGGCACAUGUGUAAACAGUGGGUGAAGAUUUUAAAGUUAAGAUUUGUUUUCAGCGGGAGAAUUUUGGGUGAUGUUGAUGAUAUCCAACAGGACCAUCCCACGACUGUGAAAGGCUCAGAGCAGAUCACUUUGUUAACUCAAUGCAAAGGGCGUCUGGUUAACGAAGGCAAAGCGACCUUCACCCAUACGACUCUGCAAAAUGUUCACGAGAACUUGGAUAAAGCACUUCAAGUCAAACAAUCUCAGGAUGUCUAACAUUAGUUAGUUAGGCAACUGAACUUGCAUAGCAAUUAAGUGAUUUAUCUAUACAACUUUA